GGUCGAGGAGGAACCGCGCGUCAUGUCUAUAGACUAUAGACUACAGUAGCUGCUGCUAAGUGUGGCUAACGGUAGCUCCGAGUGGUCUUGCUUAGCAAAGGGGCCCGUCAGUCUCAUAGGCAUCAGCAGCUGCUAACGGUGGCUAACGGUGGACAAGCAUCUGUGGUGAUCUUUCUCGCAUAGAGAAGGGACACCGUGGACCGCCUACUCUCCACUCUUCCCUCGGCCCGUUGGGUUUCUUCUUCUUUCUUUCUUUCUUCUUGAUCUUGUCCUCUGCUUCUUUGUUGUACGACGAACGCGUCGGCCUCUCCUUUGUCUCGUUGGCUUUCUUCUUCCUUCCUUCGUCUUCUUCUUCUUCCUUCCUUCGUCUUCUUCUUCUUCCUUCCUUCCUUCUUGAUCUUGUCCUCUAGUCCUUUGUAGGACGACACUGUCGCCCAGCAGUUAGUGCAUUACGCACACAAGAACACUUAGUUGGAUCAUUUGGAUGUAUUGGGGUCUAAAAGGUUUUAGUUUGAGUACCCCCUUUAGUUUGAGUACCCCCAUAGAGUACUUAGUGAUUACGGCAGGCAGCGGCAACAGUCUCCGCUACCCGUCUCUCUAGACUGUCACUGAGCUACCCCCCAGCCCUCAGCCACGAUGCAUUGGGCGACCACCCUGUCGAUCCUUGUGGCCAUCGCUGCUGCUGCCAUAGUCUACACCCCAAAACCCCUUGGCCAGCAUGCAGCCGCGUCACCGCUGGCGAAAUGGAUCAAGCUUGACGCAUUAGUAGUGGGCAGAGCGAUCAGCUUCGCCCACUUGAUGGCCUUCGCCACAGCAUUUGGGUCCUCUCUCUGGGCUACCUUCAUCGGGGGGGUUAUCGCUUUCAGAUGCUUGCCACGUCAUCAGUUUGGUAUGCUCCAAUCAAAGCUAUUCCCUGCAUACUUCAGGGUUGUUCUCACGUGCGUCUCCGUGUGCUUGAUGGCCCUAGGACUGACGCACCCGUUCACGAAGACAGCCGCUGCUGCAGAGCGCUUACAGUUUUGGAUUCUCUCUGGCUCUGCAGUGGCAACGGCUAUCAAUCUCGUCCUCCUCGAACCGUGGACAACCAAGAUCAUGUUCCAGAGACACAAAAUUGAGCGGGAGGCCGGCCUUGGAGGAGAGGUGGGGCUGUCAAGGAACAGAGAGGAAGCGAAGACAAACCCGGCGCUGGCGGCGAUAAACAAACGAUUCGGCAUUGUACAUGGAUUGUCCUCCAUGUGUAAUGUGGUAUCCUUUGGAGGACUAACAGCUCAUCUGUGGUACCUCGGCAACAGGAUUCAGCUGUGAGAGGCGGGAGAACGGCAGAAGCAGCAAAGCGAAAGGGAGUUAAAAAACAACUUUGAAGAAAUAAUAAAGGGCAGCACUGCCAGUAAGAUAUACAACGCAAUUACCAAUCGGCUGAAGAAGCUAAUGGCACCAAUCUUACGUGCGGUACGUAUGAUAGUUCCAUGCGAACCACUGUGUAUUGGCAGCAGUGACAAAAUUUAGUGUAGGUAAGAGAGGCGAGGCAACGAGCUUCGGCUUUGAUAUGUGGGUAAUAGGCGAAACGGUAGAACCGUAGAAGUCGUAAAGGCGAAAGAUCGUCGAGUGCUGAUCGGUGGGGAGUGAGAAAAGGCAUGAAUCUUCUUGUGUAGCUAUGGUUGUGUCCACCCCCCUGGGUAUAGGCGAAACGGUAGAACCGUAGAAGUCAAAAAGUCGAAAGAUUGUCGAGUGCUGAUCGGUGGGGAGUGAGAAAAGGCGUGAAUCUUCUUGUGUAGCUAUGGUUGUGUAUACCCCCUUGUUAUAUAGAUGGAGAUCUAUGCGCAGGCGGAGCAAGGAUUUCCGCUCGAAGAGAGGUGUGAGAAAUGCAGAACGGCGAGUGUUGGCAUUGAGCAUGGCCAGGUGUCAGGCUUCGCGUUUGGACUCGUAAGAGAGAUUGAUGUUGUGCACAUGUGCGUGUCGUCGCCAAGAGGUCCGUCGCUUCGGAUGGUCACAACCUCGACCAGGCGGUACAUAUGCGUAUCGUCCCUGAGAGGUCUGUUGCUUCACACGUUCUCACUACCUCGAGCAGGUGGGGCGUAAAGAAAGAGAGGUUAUGUACAUGUAUAUUGGCCCUGAAAGGUCCGUUGCUCGUGACUUGUAUGACUUGUAUCUCCGCUACCUCGAGCAGACGGUACGUGUGGGUAUCGUCCCUUGAGGAGGUCCGUUGCUUUGGAUGUUUUACUUCCUCGAGCAGGUGGGACAUAACUCUCAAUGGCACUGGAGGAGGGUACGAGUGCUUGGCCAUAUGACAGACGACCGCCUUUCUUGUGAUUCGAACCAUGGGCGCAGAGCGGCCUUAGAGUUGCUAUCAAUUGCUCAACCAUGCUGUAACUCUGGGAAAGGAGUAGUUUUUUCAGAUCUGGUGGUGCUAGGCUACCGUCUUCCCGCAAACAUAACGAAUAUGUGUUGUAUCCGAGUUUUCAAAAAAAAAAAAAAAAACACGAUGAUUCGGAUAGAACACAUGUGCUUUGUAUUCAGAUAGAAAGCGACAUAUGCCUCGUAUUCAUUUACAACUCGUACGCGUUAUGUUCGGGGGAAGACGGUAGUCGAUGCCAGACUACUGUCUUCACUGGAACAAAACGCACAGUCGUUAUAACUGUAGCUGGGGCAUCUUUCAGUCUAGAUACGGCGAUAAUGACAGGGCAGGGUUCUGUUCAGGUGAAGGCGGUAGUUGUGAUCAGUGAGAGGUGGAGAGAGCUCCGAGGUGCAGAUGAUUAGUGGCAGCAGGCAGGUGGGGAAAAAUUUAGACCUCUGUUUGCCGUCGUCACCCGAACAGAACAGACACGGGGAUAAAUCUUGUGUAUGGGAAAGACAGAUUAGAUGAUAAUGGGCAGGGGAAGAAAGCUCCUAAGGUCUUCACCUGAAUAGAACGCACCGUCAUUAUAGCUGUAUUUUGGGCAAUUUUCACUCUAGAUACAGCAAUAAUGGUCGGGCGUUCUAUCCCAGGGAAGAGGAUAGGUGCAAGUGUGAAUGUGAUCAAUCAAGGGGAGGAGGCUCCUAGGUGUAGGUACGAGGUGUAAACAUGAUAAAGUUGAUAAACAGGAAACCAUGUA